UUUUUUUAUGUAUUUGGAAUAAUUGUGUUUGUGGAAAGCAUUAAGUGUAAAUAAGUAAGUUUUAAUUAUGGACAGAACAUAUGAAGACGAUAUUGAAGAGAAUCAGAUGGACGUGUUUUUGCGUGUAAAAAAUGAGCAGGUGUGCAACAUGUAUGAGAUCGAGGAGGACGUGAUUACGUGCAGGGAUUUCGAUUAUUCGGACAGUCUGGACAAGCAAUUCAUGUUCACGCACAUAUUUCCACCGGAGACGAAGCAAGAGGAGAUCUUUGAUUCCGUAGUGAGACAGCGCCUUUGGAACUUCAUCCAGGGGCAAAGCGCGACUGUCCUGUGUUAUGGAACUUCGGGAGCCGGGAAAACGUACACGGUGAUGGGAAAAGUGAAAGCGCCGGGGAUAAUCCCGCGAAGUUUGAACUUUCUGUUCAAAACUCUACCGGAAUUGCCGAUGAAACCAAGCUUCAAGUUGUCCAAGACCGGAUUGAAGCCUGCAAACUUGGAGGAUGGUAAAGUCUUGAACGAGAUCAUAGCAAAGAACGCAGACGCUAAGACUUUCAAGAUGAUGUUAAAUGAGAUGACGUGCGAAGAGGAAAGUAUCAAAGUACCGGACGAUUUAGCGCCGGGCGUUUGGGUUUCGUUCGCCGAAAUCUACAACGAGAACAUCUACGAUCUGCUUGAUCUGAAAGAGCACAAAUCGAAGACGCGGCAAAAGCUGAAAUUGAUUAACAACAACGGUGUUGCUUACGUUCAGAACCUGAAGAACGUGUACGUGCCGACCGCCCAUCACGCUUUCCAAGUCUUCCAAUACGGCAUGACAAAGCUGCAGUACGCCUCGACAUCAGUGAAUUCCCAUUCGAGCCGAUCGCACUGCAUCUUCUCCAUAACGCUGGUUCACGCCCAGAGGCAGUGCGUGUUCAACUUUUGCGAUCUGGCUGGAACGGAGAGGGUCAGGAACACGCAGAACGCAGGAAAACGGCUGAAGGAGGCGAACAACAUCAACACCUCGCUGAUGGUAUUGGGACGGUGUCUGGAGGUGCUGAGGAAAGUGAGGAUCUCGAAGAGCGUCAAGCCGAUUCCGUUCAGGGAAUCGAAGCUGACGCAACUGUUGCAGCGCGCGCUUUUGGGGUACGAGGACCUCGCGAUGAUCGUCAACGUCAAUCCGGUGAAGGAGUACUUUAACGAGAAUCUGCACGUCUUUAAUUUCUCGGCGAUCGCCAAGGACAUCGUCGUGAUGCGGAAGCCGUCGAUCGUCGGAGGAAGGAGGAGCAGCAGCAGCAAUAUUUCGGAAUUCCAUGAUGCGACAGAUGAUUGCGUUUAUUGCGACCACACGGAUAUGAAAGAGGAGAUUUCAAGACUGAACGAGAUGAACUCUCGCCUCCUGGAGGAGUACAAAAUCCUGCAGGACGAGAUCGAGGUCGGGGAACGCAUGGUACGCAGACAGCUUAUCAAUGAGUUCGAACGUAUGAUUGCAGAGAUCAAAAGCGAACACGACAAAGAGAUAAACGAAUACAACUGCGCAUUGAGCGAGUUGAACAAGAAAUAUGAGGCACUCAGGAAGCAGCAGUUGACAGAGAAACGUAGAGACGAAUCUACCGACAGGUCUUCUUCGAUGUACAGCUCAGAUACAGAUAGUGUAAUAUGCUUGAAUACGUCCAGCGAAAGCAGCAGCAGCGAGUUUUAAAGCAUCGAUCAUUGAGAUUUUCAAUUAUAAAUUAAUUUUUUCCUCUUAGUGUUAAGUUUCUCAUCGAUAUUUGAUAUACAAGAAACGAAAAUAGCGCGCCGAUAAUAAGUUUAAAUAAAAAUUUU